UCAUUGGGCAGGCAGGAGACGGAUGCAGGCUCUCCUCCCUCCCGCUCUGUUGCAUCCAUCCAUUCUCUUAUCCAGCCAUCCAUCCAUCUGUCCAUCCACUCAUUCAUUCCCAAGGGCGUCAGAGGGGUGACUAGCCCAGACUGAAAGGAGCAUACAUGCAUGAGUGUGUCUGCGUGAGUCCUCCGUGUAUGUACGUGUGCGUCUCGUCUGGUCUUCCCGCGGAUCCGCUGACAUGAGGAGCUGAAACAGAACCGACAGGAGGAUGAAAAUGCUCCGGUUUCGCAGCCCCAGCAUCCGCUCCUUGGACCAGGAGGUCCUCUGCACGAUCCGGUUACUGGACGACUCCGAGAUCUCCUGCAGCAUCCAGAGAGACACCAAAGGCCAGUUCCUGUUGGACCAUGUGUGUAACCACUACAACCUACUUGAGAAAGACUACUUUGGUAUUCGAUAUGUGGACCCAGAGAAACAAAGGCACUGGCUGGAGCCCAAUAAACCCGUUGUCAGGCAGAUGAAGUCAGCUCAGCAGCCGUACAUGAUGUGCUUCCGGGUCAAGUUUUAUCCCAAUGAGCCGAUGAAAAUCAAGGAAGAGCUCACCAGGUAUCUCCUGUACCUCCAGCUGAAGAGAGAUAUCUACCACGGUCGUCUCCUCUGUCCUUUUGCUGAAGCUGCAUAUCUGGGAGCCUGCAUUGUACAGGCUGAGCUCGGGGACUACGACCCAGAGGAGCACCCAUCAGACUACAUCAGAGAAUUCAAGCUGUUCCCUAAACAAUCCCUCAAACUGGAGAGGAAGAUUAUAGAAAUACACAAGAACGAGCUCAGAGGCCAGUGUGCUGCAUUAGCAGAGCUGAGCAUGCUCCAAAGGGCUCACAGCCUCGAAACAUAUGGAGUUGACCCUCACCCAUGCAAGGAUUUCACAGGCUCUACAGCCUUUCUUGGGUUCACAGCUACAGGUUUUGUGGUCUUCCAGGGAAACAAGAGGAUCCACCUCCUCAAAUGGACGGAUGUUAGCAAGCUGAAGUUCGAAGGGAAAACAUUUUACGUCAUUGGGAUUCAGAAAGAGAAGAAACUGGUGUUGACAUUUCACACUUCAACCCCUGCAGCGUGUAAGCACUUAUGGAAGUGUGGGGUGGAGAACCAAGCCUUUUACAAGUGUGCGAAGUCAAGUCAGAUAAAGACAGUUUCUAGCAGCAACAUCUUCUUCAAAGGCAGCAGGUUCAGAUACAGCGGAAGAGUUGCCAAGGAGGUGAUUGAAGCCAGCUCUAAGAUUCAGAGAGAGCCACCAGAGGUGCGCAGAGCCCAGUUUGGUCAGAGUCGAAGUUUUAACUCUCUGAGCCAUAAAAACCUCAUCAUGAACAUGGAACCGCUGGUACCGGCACUGCCCUCCACCAACGAAUACGAAGAGACGGCUACAGACAAUGCAGGUGUUGCUGUGAAGGACUCUGUCUCCGUGUCUCCUCUCAAACCUUCAGCCGCACCCACAGACUUAGACCAACAGAGUACUGAAGGAGGAAACUCUGCUUUAGGAAGCGACCUGCAGCCUCCCCGUGUUUCCAUGGAAACUUCAAAUCUCCAACCUCAGACGCCCAAAGUUGAAGAUGAAGUGGAGGAAGACGACGAUGGCAGUGGCCCUCUCACCAUUUCUGAGCUUGUUUACAGCCCUUGUGCUAGCAUGCUACCCACCCCGGUGGAUGACAGUCAGGGAGGCGUCGACUUGCUCUUCUCCUCUCCGGUCCAGAGCCCCGCCAGGCUGCUUAGGGAGCUCCAUGCCGACCCUGACAUCCAGGCCCAGCUAGAGGCUGAGAGGGAGCGAGACCGUGCAUAUGAACGCACCCGACUGGCUGCGAGAAGUCGAAUGGGCGGAGUCCUGACCAGUAGCCUGCGCCUGCUGUCGUCCAAUGAGAGAGUCAACGCAUGUGUGCUGAGCGUGGCCCGCUUUGUUGCCGUUGUAAUGGGCGUCCUGCUCGUCACUGUGCCCACACUGCUGCUACUGCUGGAGUCAGACAUCGACGUUUCGUUCCUCCACGAGAUCCGCCAGACGCCGGAGUUUGAGCAGUUUCACUACGAGUAUUACUGCCCACUUCGGCGCUGGAUCCUGUGUAGGAUCAGCAUGGCCAUGGAGAACCUCUGGUCAGACUGAAGAGGAAAAGAAGGAGAAGGAAAAGGAGAGAGUGAGGAGUCACUGCGGGGGAGACAAAAUUUGCCCAAAUGUCUGUCUUAACAUGUGAUUUAGUCUUAUAUUCAGUUAUAACAACUGGUGUCUCUUUAGACAAAAGAACCAGUCUGCCAAUGGGAUGAAAUCAUUUCACGUGUUUAGAAGGUGUUAUUAAAAAGGAAACACUGUCAGGGUUCCCUGAAUGAGCACAUAUUAUUGAAAAACAUUAUUUCUGAUUGAAUUCUACUGUAACAAGUAGACUUGUCUCACCUCUUUGGCAGCAGAGUCUACUGUCUUAAAGAAAAGAGCGAUACAUAAGAUUGUAAUCAUAGUAUCCAAUCACUUGUUAAAAUAGACACUUUUGGCAGUGAUGAACUGAAAAGAAAGAGGACAAUAGAUACUGCAACUGUUCGAGGAAAAGCCUGUGUAAGGGAGAGAUUCAUGAAAAUAAAAAGUGAGGUAAGCCAUGGGCAGAGAAAAAGUCACGGGUGAAAAAAACUGUUUGGUAUGGUUUUAUUAGAAUUUUUAAAGGUCUGUUCACUCCUGAUGCUGACAAGCUGAUUCAAUGACUCUUUGGUAAAUAUCACCAACCAUCCUGAUUGGUUCUCGCCCUCAGAGCGGAGCACCUGAUUGGUCACAGAGCCUGUCAGUCAUGACGGAGUGGGUGGGGACAGAAAGAGAGACGAUUGAUUUGUCACUGAGCGCAACAAUAGCCACAGUCAGAGGUACAUUAUAUAUAUAUUUAAAAAACAAAAGAGAAAUAUUGAUAAUUAAUACCAAUCUUAAAUAAGUUGUUUUUAACAUUUUGUACAUUUUUAUGUGAUCCAGAUCUUUCAGGAAUUUUUCAGUCAGAGGAUCUACUUUGAGCUUAUUUUGAAAUUAAGAGUUUACAAAGAUUACAAAAAAAGCAGAUUUAUUGAAGUUUAUCGGGGUGAUGGGUGUUGAGAAAUGUAAGCUAUUUUUUAAGACUACCGUCAGCAUUUGCUGGUUCGGUAGCACCCUGGGUUUUUCCUACAGAGGCUAUAGCACAAAUCUUUUACACAGACCAGAGAUUACAACUGUUUCAGAUUAUGUGAUGUCAUUUUGGAGGGCAGCAGGAAAGAGUCUCUUUAGUCUGUUUGUGACGAUGAAACUUGCGCGUGUUGUGUUGUUUUGUUUUGUUCGCUCACUGAUAAACGUUACUAGUGCAUCUUUCAGUGUGUUUUAAGGCAGUUUUAAGAUAAAACGUAUAAAGAAAUGCUAAGAGAAGAAAGUUAAUGUGGGGAAUAGUGUUGUAGUGCUGGCUAAAACCGUGAGUUCAGACUUACAGGUGGGCCAAUUGUUAGUCGAUGGUGUUCUAGUUUUGAGGGAGCUUUGUACAUAUAUAUAUGGGAUUUGAACUAAUUGGAUGGCACACUAAAAAACCCUUUUGGACCAUGUGUGUGUACUCCAACUACACUGCCGGUACGUGACACUUGAUGGAACACGUGAUGCGUUUAAAUCUCUCAUAUCGUUUUCUGGUGUAGAAGAUGUUGAUCAGACUGAAGGAACAUCGCAGGAGAAGAGUUGCAGGUAUUUAACGUAACAGAAGCUGAUCACCGAAUCAAAUUAGAAAUGAUUUGUAGCCAUUUCUAAGAGGAUCUGUGAUAACAUCAUGUUGAGUAUCCUGUGUUUAUCAUUUAAAUGGCUGCAACUGUUUAGACCUUUAAACAGAGUCUGUGAAAGUUUUUCUCUUUUUAAUGGCAGUGACCAACAAGACAGCGUUAUCAGGAGUUACAGGCGGUGAAGAUCUUCAAAAGUGAACUUGUGAUUCUGGUUUGAGUAGAUGUGUUCAUGGAUGUUCACUGCUGAUAUGGCUGUUAGUUCCCAAGAAAUCUCGAGCCAUGGAGUCAAAGAUGAACAAUAUCAAGGUUAAAACCGAGAAGGGAUGCAACAAAACUGAUUCAAAGAUCUCUAUUUGGCACAAGGAAUGAACAUUGUGACGUUAUCCUGUGACUUCAUUUGUGUCAAAAUGUGUUGGUCUUUGCAAUACAGUACAUAGGUUUGUGUACUUUGACAGUACACAAAGUUGCAGUCACAUUAUGAAACCGAGAUGCAUGACUUGAGUCAUCGUUUGGCACUAAGUCCGACUCCUGUAUUCCUGAUGAGAACUGUAUGCGUCACUUUUCGGCAACUUAACAUCCAUCACCACGUGUUCAUCAAACAGACAAUGCCUGUCAGUUAAAGCAUAGUGUCUCUGAAUGGAGAGGAGAACAGAGAGGUAGAGCGGUGAGAAAUGACUUCAGAUCAAUUGAAAACGGAUGUUUUAUUUUAAAAAAAGUUCUGUUCAAAAUGUAGUUCGAUUUGGAUCAACUUCUCAGGAAAGGACAUUAGCAGUUUAUGUUCAAAAUCUGUCUAAAGGUUACAAAAAAAAUCCCAGCAUCCACAAUAUAGUUUAUCCAUAACAUUCAUACAUGUCUUGCUGUUUUGCUAUUAUGAAUAUCCAAACACUGUACGCAUUUAUAUCAUGUCUGUUGCUAGACAUUAACAUGGCGGCCACUUCACUCAACUAUAUGCAUCCAUGUCAUCUAAUAAAAAUAUUACCCAAAAAGUCUUUAUUGUCGAGAGCCAGUUAUCACAGUUUGCCCGCCAUAGCUGAACCUCCGUACUGGUACACUGCUUUUAAACGAGCAGUAACAACAUGGAUGGCAAGUUUCUCUAUUGGAGCUCUCACACUGUAUUUACGCUCUUAUUAUUAUUAAGAAGUGAACUAAUGCUUAAAGUUUAUUUUCAGAAGUCACUCUGCAUACUCUUUGGCUGCUACACAGGCCCCUGCAGUGCACAUUACCAUCAAAGCCCUCUCAUUAUAAUCGAUCUUGCUGCCUCAUGUUACCAGCUGGGUUGUCAUGUAACUCUGUAGACUGUAUGCGUUUACGAGCUUUAUGCAUAUAGAAAAUAUGCAGUAACAGUAACGGAAACACGCUUAUUUGGGAUAAAGCAUUUAUUUUCCUACUACAGUACAUGCACUGAGUUUCAAUGCUGAAACCAAGCGAAGGGCCAAACCACUAUGAUGACAACGUUUGCAUUUAACAUCACAGACUCUGAGAUAAAAUCUCAAUCUGUAUGCACUGCUACAUGAUUACCGUCAUCCCAUGAUAACUAAGGGGGGGGGAUAUCAUCGUGAACUAUUGUCCCGUCUUCAUGCGUACCUGUUGCUCCUCCAGCAUUUGCACAUGCACCAAAAUGCUUGAGCAAUUCUCUGUAGAUUUAAAAUAAAAAUACUGUAUAGGCUUCACGUACACCGCUGUAUAGACAGUUUAUCCCUGGCUUUGGUCCUUUAUUUCUGUGCUUCAUCCUCCUCUAACUAACCGGGGGUAUCCCUCACACCUCCUUUUUUGCCGACCUCUCAAUGCAAAUUGCAUGACCUCAUCUGUAAAUACUGUGUUUAUGGUUGUGGCAACAAAAAAAAAACAGUCUGGGUAAAGAUUUCCUUUCUUUCUUCCCUCUGCGUGUCUUGUCUUGUGUAAAGCAAUCUAGAUAUAGGCUUGGCUGUCUUGAAUAUCUUAGAUGAAUGCAUGUUCUCCCUGUUUUUACCAAGAGCAGGAAGGGAAAAAAGAUAAGUCUGAGACAAUAAAAAGGCUUUUUGCUCAGUCAAAAAUUAGGCAUUGGUCAUCUGAGCAGUUUUGUGACCACAUUUAAAAACAAAAACACAUCAUAAAGUGUGCUUUGGGCUUCAUUUUAAUCAUUGGAUUGACUAUGUGAUUGCUAAUUCUGUUAGCUUCCUUUCAGUUGAUUCAAACACAAAAACGGAUUUUGUCUCAGUUAAAUUAUGUCUCAGUACAAAGAGGAAAUGAUGAGGAAACAAGGACUUGGAAAAGAUCGUUUUACAAUCUCUUACAGAGCGGCUCUAAAAUAUAUAAACUUAUAGUUAGCUUUGUUGUGCUUUUGCUCUUUGUGUGUGUGUGCGCGCGUAUAUCAUUAAUGCCAGACACUAAGCGCUAAUGCUAACACCUAACCUCAUUGCUAACGGAGCAUGCUAUUAACUGAAUCAGUUGAGUUCAGAAACAUUAAUUGUUUAGACGUUCCGUUUUUAAGAUGUUUAAAAAAACACUGAACCGAAUGAAUGGAAAAUAAAACACCUCAUUUCAUUGCAAACAACAAAAGGCCUUUCGGUUCUGUGAUGAAACAGAUCUUUGGCCCCAUGUGACACUGUAGCAUUAUUUUAGUGUGUAGCUCAUUUAUCAGUUUAGCAGCCUUUAUGAGUUUAAAAGGGAAUUUCACCCCUUUGAGGAUUAGCUCUUGUUUUGAGCUACUGAACUUGAGUUCGGCCCAAGAGUACAACGUUUGUUGCCUGAACUUACAUAAAACUGUGAUUAAAACAUUGAGAUCACACACCAGAGGAUGUCAUAUGUGAGGUAUUACUUAAUAUAAAUUCAGAAGUUCCUGACAUGAGUCAAGUAUUUACAAACCUUAAAUUUAAUUACCUGCCUUUUAAGUAUCAGUAAAAGUAACAAAAAAUUAUUUACACAACCAACACAUGGAAUUCAAAACUGUUUAAAUCUAAUACACAAAUACCGCUUUUAACUUAUUUAUUUAGGAUUUUAAAUAUUUGAACUCAGGUCUACUAUAUGCAAAACUACUGGACAUCACGUGGUAUAAGAGAAAAAUAGGCUGUUGUUUAGUUUAUUAUUUCCGCGUUGUGUGGGCAUGUACAGUAGCAGAUUCUCUUGCACGGUCACUUUGUUGUUUUUGAUUGUUAGUCAAACUGAUUAUUUUGUUGUUUUAUUGAUCAGUCAGAUUUAUUUGUUUUUGUUGUUCUUUUGUCACUCAGUCUCUUUUAAUAAGAAACUCUUGGAGAUUACAUUUAAGAAGAAUCAGAAAAAAAGACUUAAAAAAUACCCUAAGUAAUGACCCCCUCUCUUCUGGGACAACCAAGCCUUAUGAACUUUGUGAAGUGAAAAUUUUGAAUGUUUGUAUGUUAAAAAAGAAAACAUGGAUUGUUUUAUAUGUUAAUACUGCCACAAUAAAGCUCCCUAAUGAAUAUAUAUUGAA